GGAUAGACACAAACAUGAAUAGGUUAAUAAUAUUGAAUACAGUGUAAGGUUGUACACAAAUAUAAAUGCAUACACAUUUAGAUACAAAUAUUUUUAAUAAAUGAUAAGUAUUUUGCUAUGUAUACAAGGUAAUAUGGAUCCAAAAUCAAACCUUGUAAAAAAAAAAGAACUAUUUUUAUUAUUACUUAAAAUUAAAUGAUAGGCAACAAAUUGCUAAUUGCAAGUCUUGUCUUUGUAACAUAAUUUUAAGAUUUAUCAGUAAUUAUAACGUGUUUUUUUUAUUAUUCCAUCCACUAGAGGCAGCGUGAUUUACAGGUUAGACAGUACGUCUUCCUGUUUUGCCCGGAAAGAGACAUUUUGUCGACCUGUGGAAGAAGCAUUUUUUCACAGUUUUGUGUUGAAGAAGAAUUGCAGAAACGUGAUUUGAGAUGCCUCGGACGAAGCACUCUCAGCGCUGCCAGGCAGCAAAGAAGAGAAUGGCAGACCGGAGAACGGAGGGUCUGCCGCCUCUUAAAAAACCGGCAGAAAUAUCUGAACAUUGUGUGCAUCACAAUGUGCAUAAAAUAACUGAUCUUGACAAUUUCCUGAAAAAGCCUGAUCUUGACAAUUUUUGCAAAGAACCUACCAUUGACAAUUUUCGCAAAGAAUUUACCAUUGACAAUUUUUGCAAAGAACCUACCAUUGACAAUUUUUGCAAAGAACCUACCAUUGACAAUUUACCUGAAAAUGAUCUUGAAAAGCCUUUGAAAAGUCUGAAAAACAAGAAAGCAUUCUCUGAAACUCUACCUCAAUCUUCCUCUAUGCCUCAGUCUUCCUCUCUGUCUCUCUCUACUACUAAUGAUACUAAGAUGACUGUGAAUGAUGUUUCUGCUCUAUCUCCACAGACUUCUUACAUCAGUGGCUCUUUCCAUCAAGGAGAUUACCGUUUUGGCCGGAAUAGGGGAAGUCAAUGUGGUGCAAACUGUUUAACUGCAAUUAUGAUGUGUAAGAUGAAAAGUGUGUUGCAGUGGACGAGAAGUGACCUGAAUGCUGUUUUGAUCCACGGAAAUGACCUGUACAGUGCCAUGAGAAACGCAGGGAAAAUCAACGAUCCUGAAUCAGGCUUCAUAGCUGUUCAUGAGCUACCAGACACACACAAUCUGAAAGAUUGUCAGUUUUCAAUAAACUAUGGUGAAACAUUGACUGGCUUGUUUGGUGUCAAUAAAUAUGAUGGAGAACUACAAGGGUAUGCUAUGUCAUUUGAUGAAGCAGUAAAUCGAGCAUUCCAGAGGUUUGAUACUGUUUUAGUGAAUAUUAAGCUAACCAUAUGUGCAGCUGUCAGAGAAGGUUCCUGGUAUGCAGUGAUUGAUCCACAUUCAAGACGCAGUGAUGGCAGAUGUGUAGCUGAUGGUAAGAGUGUAGUGGUUUACCAUCGGAACUUGCACUCGCUGAUUGUUCAUUUCCGGAAACUUGCCGUGUCUAUAAAUGCACGUUACCAGGAGUUUGAGGUAACUGGGGUCAACGCGGUUAUGACUGGCAAAAAACAGCCAUUCUGGCAAGUAGUCGAGAACGCUGGUCAAGCAGAAAAUGAGAGUGAAAGUGAGAAGUCGGACGUGGAAGUUGAUGUUGGGUGCAGUCAAUUUCUGAAUGAUUUCAUGGACAAAACAUCUGUGAAAGAAACGUGUGCACAACAGAGAACAAAAACGCCAUACCCAACUAAUGAAAAUGCAGGUGAUGUUACAUUCCUUUCACAAACUGCUAGUGUUUCUUUACGGUUUAGUCCAUUAACAUUUGAGCAACAAAAGGGUGUUUGCUUAAAGUUAAACAUUGCAAACAUUGUAAAACAACAAAACAAUCCACCUGAGACUGUUGAAGUGGUUGAGCCUUGUGAAACGAACAAGAUUGUUUCAGAUGAAAACUCUUUUUUUAGAGCAUUAGCCUUUGCUGUAAGUGGAACGGAACGAGAACACAGAAAAGUAAGACGGGCUGUAGUUACACACAUUCUGCAGAAUGAAGAUAAGUAUGUACAGUAUCUCAAACAAGGACACAGCUCUGUACCAGACUACAUUGCAAAAACAAGAAUGAAAUUCGUUGGAAAUCGGGCAACAGAGAUGGAAAUACAAGCAGCCAGUGAUUUAAUUGGCAUAGACAUAUUUACAUACAGUCAAGACAAAUGGUUUAGAUUUUCAUCUUCAAAUGCUUCCUUUAAUGCACAUGGUUGUCAAGACAGUGGCAUAUAUUUGAAACAUGUAAACAGCUGCCAUUAUGAAGUUGUUGUAUGUGGAAAGAGCAAGGAUGGUGACUGUGUAUUAUUUUGUAAAUCACCAUCUCAACAUUCACUGUGUGAUCUAGCAUCAAAUGUGUCUUUAAAGUCACGUGAGGAUUCUAGUGAGAAACUUGACUGCAGCAAUAGUACAGAGUUCAAAGAAGAAAAACAAAUGAAGGCAAAGAAAAGAUUACAUGAGGAUGAAACUUACAUUUCAAUUAUGAAAUCCAUCAAUAAAAAAUACAAGAAAAAUGAACAGCAUAAAGGAAAAGUGAAGAAAAGUGUGAACAAAUACAACUCAAAUGAUUUACACUACAAGGCUGUGUCAGAAAUGGAAGCUGAUGUUGGCUGCAGUAAAUCUUUGACUUAUGUCACAAACACAGAUAAGAUAUCUGGGAAUGAAACUUUAGUCCAUUGA